AAUUGCGUAGCUUGCAGCUGAUCGGUUCAGUGUUGUGGCGGCCGUCAAACGAACCACACGACAGAGAGUAACGAUUGGUGCGACUAUUUCAAGAGAACGUGAAAGUCAAAGUUAACGGGAACAAGUACGCGAUCGUGGCAAGAACGACACCAAAAAUACGGGACACGAGAGCGAGAGCGAGAGCAAAAACUAAACGGAUUGAUCCGGCUAACAAAUGAAAGAAACGUGCAAAGCUUAAGUACACGUACUUAAUAAAGACAUAGAGACUAAUGAUAAUAGGCAAAGCGAAGUGGACAAACGUCAAGUGGACAAGCAGACAGAUAGAGACAGGUGCACGAUAAGAUUAACUAAACUUAAUUAAAAAAAGUCAUAAUAAUAACUACAACAAAACGAUUUAUUCAAUGGCCAUAAAUCGUAUAACUAACUACUUCAGUUAAUUCCUCUAUCAAUAAAUAGAAAUAAACUAAAUAUAUAAUCAAACACUGACGUGAAGUGAAGGUGAACUAAACUCGCUCGGUUAGUUCCUGGCUAAAAUGUAGACUGACUGCAACGCAGCAGCAUUUAACAGCUACACCAGCAACAACAACAACAACUAUAAAAAGCCAAUAAGCAACAAGAAUCAUUGCAAGAUGUAUGUGGCAAACACCACAGGCGGCCUCAUGCUGCAGACAAUGCUCUAUUUGGCGAAUCACACAAGUCGUGCGGCAGUCAACACGCUAAUCGAUUUGCCCCCAGCGGCCAAAAGUGACAUAAACGAGGUGAAAUGCUUUGGAGUCUACGGCUGCUUUCCGAUCAACGGACCAUGGAAUACCGUGACACGCACGAUUAGCGUGCAUCCACAGAAGCCCUCGGAGAUUGAGCCACAUUUUACGCUGCACACGAGAAGAACAAUGGAUCAGCCCAAGUACAUUGAUCUCAAUGAUCCGGAUAGUGUGCAGGGAUUGGGGAUUAACAAGCGAGGCAGGCUCUAUUUGAUAGUCCAUGGAUAUUUGGAGUCGGGUGACAUACCCUGGAUGCUGGAAAUGGCCAAGGCGCUGAUGAACCACUGCCCGGAGAAUGAUUGCAGUGUGAUUCUGAUUGAUUGGGGCGGCGGUGCGAGUCCUCCGUAUGUGCAGGCGGUGGCCAAUACUCGACUGGUGGGCGCCAUCACGGCGCAUGUGGUGCAUAUGCUGUACGAGGAGCUGCGUCUGCCCAAUUUGGAUAAGGUUCACAUCAUUGGUCACUCACUGGGCGCCCAUCUAUCCGGCUAUGCGGGCUCCCAUUUGCAGCGUGACUUUGGCUUGAAGAUGGGCCGCAUCACUGGCUUGGAUCCGGCGGCUCCUCUGUUCACCGACACCGAUCCCAUUGUCCGUUUGGAUCGCUCCGAUGCCCACUUCGUGGACAUUGUGCACACGGAUGCCAAUCCGCUGAUGAAGGGCGGCUUGGGCAUCAUCCAGCGUCUGGGCCACGUCGACUUCUAUCCAAAUGGCGGGUUCGACAAUCCCGGCUGCGAUAAGAAGCUGCAGGAUGUGAUGAAGAACAACCGCAAGGCGACACUAUUCCUCACAAUGCAGGAGUUCCUCGGUUGCAAUCACAUUCGCAGCGAACAGUACUUCACGGAGAGCAUUGAGGGCAAGUGCCCCUUCCUGGGGAUGAAUUGCGACUCCUUCGAUAGCUUCAAGGAUGCCAAAUGCAGCAGCUGUGAUGAGCCUGGGCGUCUGUGUAUGCGCAUGGGAUUCCACAGCGAGGAGGACUAUAGGGAACAGCAGUCGCGGGGACUUAUUAAGCCGCAGGAUCCGCCGCCAGUUUUCUAUCUGAUGACUGGUGAGCGCAAACCCUUCUGCCGGCUGCACUACAAGAUCACAGUGCGCGUAUCCAGUCACGAUGAGAGCACACUGCAUGGAGGUGAGAUUGGCACGCUCUCCAUUCGAUUGCAUGGGGAGCACAGCAAGAAGAGCACCGAGCGGAUGAAGUUCUCUCCAAAGCCCAUGUACUUUGAGCCAGGAUUCGACUAUACGGCAUUGUUGCCGGGCAAGGAUCUCAGAGAUCCUGGUCAUGCGACCGUCUUUUGGGAGUAUCAAACGAAUAUACUCAAUCCACUCACCUGGCGUCUACUCUCCUCCCCGCGCAUCUACCUUGAGUACAUACUCAUCGAGUCCAUGGAAUCGAGCGAUACUUAUUUGAAGCUUUGUCCGCUCCACGAGAGCGCCAUUCUCUCCGGCACGGAAAACGUGCUCCACACACGCUACUGCAAGGAUUAGCCGAGACAGCAACCAAUUAAUUAAAUAGCAAUUAACCUAAAGCUUUGCUGUGACAUGCCCAAAAGACGGCAACACAUUUUUGCGCUUAGCCCAUACAAAAACCACCAUAACCACACAUCAAAUGUGGUGGCUUUCUCUGCUAACUGUUCCCGCUUUUUUCCCUAGCCUCGCACCAAACUACCCACUGCAAAGGCAAAAAAAAA